UCCAUAGGCUAGUCGCGCGCGCGCGUCAUUAAUUCACUUCUUCAGCGAAGCCUCUUUGGAUGCUGCUCUCGUAGACGAGCUUACCUUUCUUUCCUUUCGAACUCCGUGGUCUGAAUCUCUCUAUCAACGGACGCCACCCCAAGUGGGCUCCACUCGCCCUACGAUGCGGCGGAAGGACGGUGAGGGAUUUCCAGCGCGACCUUAUGAAUGCAUCCGCUGCCUCGCUUCCUACAGCCAUCCUACCCUUCGUUCGACCUUGACCAAGACUUCAAGGUGCAAGCUCAAUGGCUGAAAGAUAUGAAGUUGCGCAUGUCCCGUUGGACGUCGAAUCCGCAACGUUCGAUUGCUCGCUGCCCAAAUCACUGCGCGAGAGCUUGAAGGACGCAUCUCUGGGGCGAGCAGAGGGCGGCAUCCCAAGGCAAGAUGCCUCGCACGCAACGUACGGCGCGGUCAACUCUGCGGUGCAGUCGCAAGUGUCCACCCACCUGCGCUCUACGACCGUGCAGACCGCCCAUCCUCCAACUAGCUGUCCCAUUGAUAUCCUGUCUUUGGACGUCCUUUGCGAAAUCCUUAUGCUCGUGCUUGGUAUCCAGCAUCCGGCAGCGUCGAAAACAAGCUUCACCUCGAUGGCAACCUUCGCUAGCGACGCUUCCCAGAACGUCAAGUCACUCCUCACCCUCACUCACGUUUGCCCCCUCUGGCGCCAGGCCCUCCACGGCAUGCCGUGGCUGUGGCGCGAGCCCACGCUCGUUUGGCGGCCUGGGAUGCGCAGCGAGGGUCACGUACGUCUCGCGGGGGUAGAGGGCGACACGAGCCCCGCGCGUGUGGACUCUGGGUGCGUACCCGUCAUGCACGUCCCCGCUAUCUCCCAGACUGCGUUGUGGCUUGCCCGUGCGGGUGCUAUGCCGCUGUCCUUCACGGUCAUCGCGGACCAGCGUCAGGGUCACCUCCCUCAGGCUCUGUCCGGCAUAACAUGGACCUUGGGCAGAUCCACGGAGCGCGCAGAGCUACAUGCAAGCGACGAAGCGUUCUGCGUGAACUACGUCGUUGAGCUCUUCCGCAACCUAGAAUGCUUCCCGGUACACCGGAUACAGAGCCUCCGCCUCAUCCUCCUCGCGGAAGGUCAUGUCGCUGCCUUGGCGUCGCUUCCGCCGACCUCGUUCCCCCAACUCGAGGCCCUGCAUCUGAGUCUGAACCACAACCGAUGGCCGUCCCCCGAGGACGCGCCCAUCACUGCUUUCGCCGACUCGCCGCAUCUUCGCCGCCUCUGCCUCAAGGUCGUGUGGAACGCGGGGGCCGUCGAGCGGCGCCUUCAUCUGUCGUGGUCUACGCUGACCCAUCUAUCCCUCGAGCUCCCCGGCAGCACUCGCAGCGCGUACCUCGACAUCGUACGGCUCUGUCGCAGCUCCCUCAUAUCCUUGCAAGUUGUCGAGGGCCACAUGUUGAGAUCGCCAACCGCGUCGCUGGCGGAACUCGAAACCCCCAUUCAACUACCGCAUCUGCGCACGCUGCGCCUCCCCUCGGGCAGCACCUGCCUGCUCGCGCUCGAUCCAGCCGGCCUCUCUAAACUGCACGUCGACACCGCAAGCGCGCCCGUACUCGACGCAUUUUUUCAGCGCGCGGUCCACGUUACCUCCUUGUCCCUUUCCCAGAUCAUCUUCCAGGGAAACGAGCUACGGCGCGUCCUUGGGUCCUCACCAUCCCUACACUCGCUCAGCCUCGAUCAAUGCUCACUUCGCUUCAAUCUGUUCUUCGAGAGCAUGUUGGCUGGGUUAUGGCUUCAGGAUAGCUGCCCAAAGCGCAUGCAGGGAUCCGUGUAUGUGCCCCGUCUGGAACGCUUACGGAUGGUGAACUGCAGGAACGGGACGGAGACACUCGGCGAACUCGACCUCGACCUCUUUUUGCUGAUGAUCAGGCUACGAAGAGAGACCGUAGUUGUGCGCCAUGUACGCUUUGUUGAGAUGUGGCCCAUGAGACCUUCGUUUGUGGAGAAGUGCAGAAGGGACUGGGAGGGCAGAGAGGAACUAGUGGUCGUGCUCGAGCAGCCGCGAACAAGCUCGAUAGCCUCUGACACGUGGGAAGGGUUUUAGUAUUCAGGAUGCGAUGAGGUAUCCAGGUCUUGUAGGGAAUCUGUGUAACUUACAUAUCUAUGAUACCCAGAGCCUGCGAUAUAGACAUGAAUGCCAUGACAAGGUUCAACCUUCCAUCCACCUG